AUGACAUCUGGUGCUUUUUUUUCAUCAUUUUUCUCUUCAACGGGUGGUGAUGACAUUUUGUGGAGCUUUGGUUUUAUGGCUUUGGUCCAUAAGCAGAAGAGACAUGAUUUGUGGUGGUUGUGGUGCGGGUGUGUAGGAUGUGGUGAUGGUGGAUCUGAUUCUGAUAACUGUGGUCUGAAGUACAUCUGGGAUUGUGGUGGCGGCAGUGGAUCUUUCAAGAUGUUCACUGCACUGCAAAAGAUUCACAAGGAUAAGGAUGCUGAGCCUACCGAUUUCGAGGAGACUGUUGCCCAGGCUCUGUUCGACUUGGAGAAUUCAAACCAAGAUAUUAAGAGUGAAUUGAAAGAUCUCUACAUCAAUUCUGCCAUGCAAAUUGAUGUCGCUGGAAACAAGAAGGCUGUUGUGAUCCACGUUCCUUAUCGGUUGAGGAAAGCUUUCCGCAAGAUUCAUCCUAGGCUGGUGAGGGAGCUUGAGAAGAAGUUCAGUGGAAAGGAAGUUGUUUUCAUUGCUACACGAAGGAUUGUGCGGCCACCAAAGAAGGGUUCCGCCGUGCAGAGGCCCCGUACUCGUACACUUACAGCUGUGCAUGAGGCCAUGCUUGAGGAUAUUGUUCAUCCUGCUGAGAUAGUUGGAAAACGUAUCCGAUACAGGCUUGAUGGAUCAAAGAUAAUGAAGGUUUUCUUGGAUCCAAAGGCAAAGAAUGACACUGAAAAUAAGCUGGAGACGUUUGCCGGAGUCUACAGAAAGCUUUCAGGGAAAGAUGUAGUGUUUGAAUUUCCCAUUACAGAGGCCUAA